AUGACUCAACCAGCUCUACACAUUGGCCCUUCCUCUGGCUUGGUAUCCGCCGCGGCCACACCCAAUUACGAACGCGAAGCCUAUCUUGACUAUGUCCCUAAGCCAGAACGUCAUCGCGCCGGCGUCUUGGGUGCUUUGCUCAAGCUUUAUAACCACGAUGGGCCGUCCGACUUGGGCCAUGACCGCUCCUCCAGUCUGCCACGCCCUGCUCACUUCCGUGAUGGAAGCAGUGGCUUCAACACCCCGCAGCACUCACCUCCUUCCUCUGGUUACAACACUCCGAUCAGUAGACCUGUUUCCGGCUACAGCACUCCUGGUGGCAGACAUUCAAAACUGUGGCACUCAAAAAGUCACAGCAACUCAACCUCCUCUCUAGCUUACUUGGUCGGUUCCUCUGUGAGCGGAGGUACUCCAAUCUCUGGUCUGCCCUUGGGUGAACAAGUCACCGAGAAUCUACGUCAGCGUCAUGAGGCCGAGAAGAGAAUUAAGAAGGCUCGGAGCAGCAAUGUGCUUGGGCGUAUUGGUCGGCCGCGACUCGAGGAGGAAAUACGCAUCACCAAACAUAUUGCAGAAACUCUUGCCCGACAAAAGUAUCUUCUGAAGCUUUGCAGAGCGUUGAUUACCUACGGUGCUCCGACGCACCGUAUGGAAACUUAUAUGCGUAUGAGUGCUAGAGUCCUCGAGGUCGAUUGUCAGUUCCUUUACAUUCCCGGUUGCAUGAUAUGUUCAUUCGACGACCUCACGACCCACACAACGGAAGUUCAGAUGGUCCGCGCUGGCGAGGCUCUAGAUCUUGGGAAGCUCAGAGAUGCUCACGAUGUUUACAAAGACGUUCUCCAUGAUCGUAUGGGAGUCCAAGAUGCGACCCAACGCAUUGAAGAUAUCUUCAACAAGGAGCCACCUUUUAACAAUCGAUGGUUAGUCGCCAUGAGCGGUCUUGGAUGCGCCUCUGUUGCACCAUUCGCAUUCAACGCUGCGUGGAUCGAUCUGCCCAUCUGCUGCCUUCUUGGUUGCAUUGUUGGCUAUCUUCAGGUGAUAGCCUUCAGAAGCGAAGGAAUCAGCAACAUGUUCGAAAUUCUGGCGACCAUCAUCACCUCAUUCCUGGCACGAGCCUUUGCUUCCAUAGGGCAUGGCAAGUACUUUUGCUUCUCCGCUCUCGUCCAGUCGUCGAUUGCCUUGAUAUUGCCUGGUUGGAUAGUUCUUCGCGCUUCGCUGGAACUCCAAUCCAAAAGUCUUGUUUCCGGAAGUACAAGAAUGGUGUACGCUAUCAUCUAUUCGUUACUUCUUGGCUUCGGAAUCACAAUUGGGACCGUCUUAUACGGCGCCGUUGACCACAAUGCCGUCUCAACCACUAAGUGUUUAGAUAACCGCCCAUCCGCGAUAGAUGUCCAUUUGCAGUACGUUGCUGUUAUCGUCUUUUCCUUUUGCUUGUGUGUGUUGAACCAAGCGAAGUGGAGACAAAUGCCAAUUAUGAUGGCAAUUGCCAUAAUAGGCUAUCUGGUCAACAGUGGCUUCAAGAACAGGUUCCCUGGAAACACACAGAUUAGCGCUACAAUUAGUGCUUUGGCCAUCGGUCUUGUUGCAAAUUUGCAUUCACGUUUCGGCACCAAGGUCGAGAACAAAGCUCUGGAUAUCUGGGAGGCACACUUGCGACCGCAAGUCAGAAAAUUUCACAAAUGGAUCCGUGGCAAAUCAACAGCAAGGCGCAACAUACUUUCUAAGAAGAGGAUGGAAGCAAUGGAGUCUGGAAAUGCAUACGACAACGAAAGCAUUUUUACGCCGCGCAUAAGACGUGUGGGCUAUGGUCUUGCGGCUGCGUCCAUGUUGCCUGCCAUUCUAGUACAGGUGCCUAGUGGUCUCGCUGUCAGUGGAAGCCUGCUGGCUGGUGUAUCGGCCGCCGACCAAAUUGCUGGAAAGAUCACAAAUGGUAGUACCGUUACCGACGCUGCCACACUUGAGUCUGGCGGUAGCGUCAACUCCGUCGCUUUCAACGUCGGAUACUCCGUUGUGCAAAUCGCCAUUGGUAUCACGGUCGGACUUUUCGCUUCGACGUUGAUUGUCUACCCGUUCGGCAAGAGACGCAGUGGUCUUUUCAGUCUCUGA